AUGCGGUACUUCUUCCAGAUACAGGCGAUCGGUCUGAUACUUGCGGGCAUUGGAGGCAGGUGCGCAACGGAGUUGCAGACGUCAUCCUCAGCAGUAGAGCAGGAGGUGUGAGUCAGGAGGUGUCCCCAAGCUGCUCGUGUUCUCGAGCUCAGCGACUUCGUCACCACUUGCAAUGUGACCAAGGCAUCGUCUAGCACACGAUCCCAACAAGGUUGUGAGUGUGGCGCAUCGGUUUGGAAGGACGGCCAUGCUCAUCUAGAAUUCGCUACUUCUGCGUCCGCAUGCAGAUGGUGCCGAGUGCUCCUCCCCUGAUCUUCUUCAAUCGUCACGACACUCUCGGAUUCUCACACGUCUAUGACAAUCGAACGCACAUGUGGUUACGCAUACAAGGCACAAACACCUUGAUUGGACCUGAGCAUGGAAGGAGGUACCGAGAUGCGGUGAGUGUUCACAGAGGCUGACUGUCUCCGGUGGAGAUUCACAACCUCUAGUCGGUAAUGGGCUUCGCAGUGGUCAGAGGUGGCGAAUGGCAGCUAUUCCAUCAAAGGCUUGAACAGAUUCAGAGAAAAGAUGAUCUUUCAUGCUGGGCGAUGGAGAAGAAAGGCAGACCUCCGUGAAGAGCGUGCUUGGAGAAAUGCAAGGCGAAGAUGGUAG